AUGAAGACCCUAACAAUUCUUCUGUUUGUUGUCGGUUCAACCCUUUCCAAUCCACUUCUCAUUAAACCUCUUUCGACAAAAGUUCUCGAAAAGCUUGAGCCGGAAGCCAAAGCAUUGCCCCCACUUCAAGAUGCUACAGUCGCCUAUGCUUUGGACCUUUCUGCAUCAGUUUCUCAAUCGACAUUCCAAUGUAUCAAAUCCCAAGGAUAUUCAACUGUUUUUGUCCGUGUCUACAACCCACAAGGAAAUGGAGCAUAUGAUUCAAACGGAGGAUACAAUGUGAAAAAUGCUUAUGCAGCUGGUCUUGGCACUGAAAUCUACAUGACUCCUCAACCAUCGUCAUCAAAAUCGGCAGCUCAACAAGUCGAUGAAAUCUACCAAGGACUCAACUCGGCUGGAGUCACCGUUAGAACUCUCUGGAUCCAAGUCACAUCUCCGAUCAACUGGCCUAACAAUCAAGUCACCAAUCAAAACUUCAUCACCGCUCUUACCAACCGAGCCAAGCAAUACAACUGGGCUACUGGAAUCUACACAAGCAGCUACGAUUGGAAUCAGAUCACUGGAGCCUGGUCGGGACUCACUGGAACAUCCCUCUGGUACUGGUCAGUCAAUGGCAACGGCCCAAGCGGUGAAACCCCACCAAACUUCCAAGAUUUCCGCAACUUUGGCUGCUGGACCUCCGCAGUAGUGAAGCAAUUUGGCCAAGCCGAGAGUGUCUGCUCGGUGAAUGUUAAUCGCGAUGUUUACUACAGCAGUGUGACCGCUGUUCAACAAUCGGCUGUGAUGGAGAACGGAAAAAUCGUUGUUGGAACAAAUGUCCGACAG